GCUACAGGCCGCCAUUUUAGAUCUGAUCAAGUACAGUCAGCAAGCAGCAUCAUGGAUAUACAAAGCCAACUUUGUAAGCUUUUUGUUGGUGGACUCAACGUCCAGACUACCGAUGAAGGUCUCCGGAAGCACUUUGAGCAAUUCGGAGCUCUGACCGACUGCGUGGUGGUGCAAAAUCAGCAGCUAAAGCGCUCACGCUGUUUCGGCUUCGUGACCUACUCUUCUCCGCAGGAGGCGGACGCCGCCAUGGCUGCUAGGCCUCAUGUGCUGGACGGCAACAACGUGGAGCUGAAAAGAGCAGUGGCUCGGGAAGACGCCGGGAAGCCAGAAGCCCUCGCAAAGGUUAAGAAAAUCUUCGUCGGUGGUCUUAAAGACGACAUCGAAGACCAGCAUCUCGUCGACUGUUUUUCGCAGUUCGGCGCCGUCGAGAAAGCUGAGGUGAUCACGGACAAAGAGACCGGCAAGAAGCGCGGCUUCGGCUUCGUGUACUUCGAAGACAACGAUUCGGCUGAUAAGGCCGUGGUGCUCAAGUUCCACAACAUUAACGGCCAUAAAGUGGAAGUGAAGAAAGCCCUGACUAAACAGGAGAUGCAGAGCGCUGCGGGUCGCGGCGGUGGCGGCGGCGUUCGUGGAGGAAGAGGAGGCCGCGGUAUGGGAAGACCACAAAAUGGCUACGGCGGCGGAAGAGGCGGUGGCUAUGGAGGCAACUAUGGCGGCGGCUACAGUGCUGGAAACGACGGCGGGUAUGGCGGAGGCUACGGAGCUGGCUACGGCGGCGGGUAUGGGGGCGGCUACGGGGACCAAAUGGGAGGCUACGGCGGUGGCAACGGCUACAAUGACUUUGGCAGCGGCUACGGCCAGCAGGCCUCGGGCUACGGCCCCAUGAAAGGUAAUUACUCGGGCAGAAACAGCGCUCCUUACUCCCGAGGAGGUGGCGGCGGCGGUGGUGGUGGUGGUUACGGAGGCAGGGGGGGUUACGGAGGCCCGUAUUAAGCUAAAAGCGGGUUUUUAAAGUAAAGUUCCUCCUCACCACAGGACUUGAUUGAAUUUAGCACAUCCAUAUAGAAGAAAUCAGCCUAGUGAAAGUUUAGGGGGUCACGGCGUUUAAUUACUGCAGUGAUCAAGUUCAAACCCUCCAUCUCAUCCUUCUUCUUCUUCUUCUUCUCCCUAAAAGCACUAGGCGGAAGUUCAACAAGGCAUAGGACUCUUACUCCGGAUCUUUACUUUAGGACUCUGCAGGGGUCAGGUUACUUGUCGUAAUACAAUUUUUUUUAAUUUUUUUUAAACCAAGAUUUUUGUCUUGAAUUAAGUUAAGAUAUUAGUACUCUUGCUUUGUUAGCCUAGGCAUGGUUUUUUUUCCCCCCCCUUUUUAGAAUAUGUAUUGUAACUUGUCUUACUUUUUACUACUUUAAGUGUUAAAAACGGGACUUUUAUGAUCAACUAGCCUUGUUAAUUCUGGUGAACUCGAUCUCCUUUAACUCGGCUUGUUGCUCAUGGGAUUUGAGCAGGCUGGGUGCGACUCCCGCCUGAGAGGUCACGUGUCCUUUGGCCGCUCAUCGCACACAGACGCGCAGCUUCCGGUUAACAUGUGAACUAGUUGAGUGGCUUGUUUAUUAUGAACAUUUUGUCCUGCCUAGAUGUUAAGUGAUCUUGUUUCAUAGGCUUGGUCUAGUUUAUUCCCUGCUCCAGUUAAAACCAAUUAAGACGACUUACUUUAAAUGCUGUCUCAUUGUAUUACUGCUUCAAGUUAUUGCCCUAUUAAAUAUUGUUCAUUUCAGUUCCAAGCACGCUGUAUGUAUUUCUAUGAAUAAAAAAAAAAUUCUUACUCAAUUAGCCAUUGUCUUUCACUAGAUGAGCCUGGUGAGUUUAGUUCGUAACUCGGUGCUUUCAUGACUUGACAUGAUCACGAGUCCAGAGUUUCUUUGCACACUCCACAUAUCUACACAGAUGAGUGGGGGAAUGUAAAAUCUCCCCAACUAUUAAACAAGGAUAUGUUGUCUUUACUGUAAAAAUGUUUAGAGCUUUGUUCCAGUACUUUUAGUCAUCAUAUAAGACGGAUCUAUACCUUAGCUGUGUCCACUACUACAUCAUUGGAUUCUCCAGAGGUACGCCAGAGCUGUAGAAACCCAGCUGAAAGCCCAUAGGAUAUUCACACCAGGUUUCAGGUUUGUAGAAAUACUUUAUAUAUAAGACAUCACAUCGUAUGGAUCCACCUGGAAUGACUGACCUCUUUACAUCGGCUAUUUGUUAGAUGAUCGAGCGUGCAUGCAAUUUAACUUGCAACAUUUCUUUAGUACUCAGAAUUAACUUUAUCAUGUGAAUGACCGAGGUGGUAAUUAGAACAUUGUUUGGUUCUGUGUGUGUGAAGCUGUGGUUAUAUUCGUCUCUAGUUUGUCUUGAUCCAACAUUUUUAGGCAAUUUUCAGUUUAAGGCCAUACCGGAGUGUGGGGCUUAGUUCCUGUUUACUUGAUGCAUUAGUUCCAGAUAUUAAUGACACCAAAUGCAAGGAGAUCAGCAUUAUUAAGCAAGGUUUGUGGCUUCAGUUAUUUACCUUACAUCUUAUCAAUUCCCCUUCCCUCAUCAUCUCGGUGUUAUGCUUGUGUGUGUCCCUAUACAUUUUAUGGUACACUGUUAGCAGUAAAGCUUUAAGUAUUUAAGUCCUACUCUGGCCUGUUGAACUGUGUGGGUGAACAAGAAGCUAAACUUGCAUUAUACCUCCCAUGACUUAAUGGCAGUUAUAAUGCCCUGAAGGGAUGGUGAUGAAUCAUCAGUGAAUGAGUUGGGCCUGUUAUUUUAAGAAGCUGCUCUCAUUCUUUAUUGAUGAAAGUAGUAACAUUAUUUUCCCUUUCUGCAGAAAUGACAAAACUGAUGGAGUUUGGUAAUUCCUCAGUUUUGAGCCCAGCUGGUUGAAGCUCUGAAAAAGUGGGCCCUGGAAAACUUUCAACAAGAGCAGUCUUUGGAAGGCGGUUGCUCCUACCCACUUCCAGGAUACUGUAGGAUAAUGUGGCAGUGGCCAAGCUGAACCUGCUGUGCCAUCUUCCUGUACGUUCGUGCUGUGAAGGAUGGUGAACUGUGAAGGAUGGUCACACCGCUGCAAUGUUUGACUAAUUUAAAAUGCCAGUGUUAAUGGACUUUCUUUUGGGAUGUUUCUGAAAGUCUACUUUUGUACUUCUGAUAUAAUAAAAGAUGUGAAUGAAACUGA